AUGGACUGUGGUCUGUGGUGCGUCUUCAGCGAGCGACGACGACACGUUGAACGUCUCUGGCGGCGACGUUUACUCGUCACUAGCGAUGAACGCCGAGCUCGACGCAGAUUUCUACGUUUAAUGCGUGGCUUCGAUGCCGAAGACGUCGAAGUCAUUCGUAAAGCUGUUGAAUCAGGCGGUGUAAUUGCUAAGGCAUGUGCUCCAGGACCACCUAUGGACGAACGACCGGACGAUGAUAUGCCAGAAGAAGAUUCUGGCUUGAUUCCUCAAAUCGAUCGUCCUAUGAGCAUGCCUUAUCUCUGUUGCAAGCUAUGGCGAUGGAAAGAUCUUCAGGUUGACGCAGCUUUGCAUCGACUUGAAGCCUUACCCUGGUGCCGCUUCGGUCGCGUCACGAUCAACAAUGCGACUGUAUCUUGCUGCAACCCAUACCAUUAUGCUUUAUGGAUUCGACCAGAGACAAGCUGUGCAGACGAUGAAUCUUCCGUUGACGAUUUAGUUGUUGGAGGUCCUCAUUCUUCUGCUUACCAUACAACAACUACGACUCUCCCUUCGAUGACUUCAACAGCAGCUCGAAGACGGAGUCAAGCUCAUGCUAGUACGUUAACAACAAAUCCUCUGAGCAACGGUCAUCUGCAGUAUCGAACACAUAUGGCAUCCACCAUGCAUUAUCAUCAACGACCUACUGAUAUAGACAUUCAGCCUCUCACUGUUACCAAUUCAAUUGGGAAUGCUAAUGAGCUGCCUGAUCAUGCCCCACCAUCAGUACCAGCAUCUACUCCUCCUGAACCUCCUGAUUCGCCUCCUUGCUCUAGCAAUCGCUCAUCUCCUUCGCAUAAUUUUCUACAUCAACAGAGCUCUGCUUGGGGCCGUUUAACACGCUAUGAACGAAAAGAAAAAGUUGCCGAAACUGUACAGCUUACGGGUCAAUUUGCUGCGGUUGGCAUCUUGUCAAACUCAGUACACGAUGCUCAAGCUAUUUGUAGUGAUUGGGAUACGCGAAAUGAAGUUUCGUUCGCCUUAAUAAGGCAAGCAGAACCUUUAGGGUCGGACGGGCCGGAAGAUGUUUGGUUGUACAAUAGUGGUACUCGACCGUUGUUCAUAUGCGUUACACCAUCUCCUUCUUCGCGUGCUGAUACAUUACGUAGGCUAUCACCUGGAUAUUGCAUUCGGGUUCAUCGUGGUGAGCCAUCUUCUUCUGCUCCAGCUAGUGAACGAACGCAUCAUCAUCAUCGAAGACAUAGUCGGGAUCCAGCAUUACUUCACGGUAACCUUAUUAUAUCAGUUGGUAAAGGAUGGGGUCCUAACUAUAGUAGGCUCUAUGUAACGGAUAUACCAUGUCGUUACGAAAUAACCUUUAUUAGUUAG